AUGGAGCCCAACAGCCCCAAAAAGAUACAAUUUGCUGUGCCUUUAUUCCAGAGCCAGAUCGCUCCAGAGGCAGCAGAGCAGCUGGGCCUUUGCUGUUCACAGAUCAGGAAAAGAAGACCUACACCAGCAUCCCUUGUGAUUGUCAAUGAGCAUAACCCCCCAGAAAUUGAUGAGAAGAGGGUGACCAACACACAAGAAUCCCAGAACGCAUCCCCUAAGCAAAGGAAGCAGAGUGUGUACACGCCACCGACCAUGAAAGGGGUUAAGCACCUGAAAGGCCAGAAUGGAUCGGCAUUCCCGGAAGAAGAAGAAAGCGCAAGUGAAAAAGAAGAGAAGUGGAACCAUUAAUUCCCCAUCUGUAGCAAGAGGGCUUCUUGGAAGUGACUGGACGGUUGACUCUUCUGAAUAUCCAAUGGUACUCCAAAGUUCCGCCUCCAGCAUCCUCUUCCGUCUCAGCUCCCACCCUCUCAGCAGUGCGAUCCUCAUGGAAGCCUCCUUGACUGAACUGUGAAGCCGAGUGCAGAUCAUCAUUGUGUACCACUUGCAGCAAAGAAUAGCACUUACUCUACCGCGAUUUUUCUUUUAAACUACUCAAACCUAGGAAUCUGCUACUAUGUGAAUGUUCUCACUUUGAUACUGCCAAAAGCUUAACUCUUCCUGGCCUAUGGUAUGAUUUACAUUCUAAGGUCAAAUGUAGAGAACAUUACUCUAAAAGUACAAAAUAAAUACCAAAUGUGCUUGGGACGAGUGUGAGUGGGGAUUAAUGGAAGAGGAAUGUUUACGGAAGCUUUUAAUAACCGCAUUUAGCAUGCUUCUGUGUCUAGAUCAAACCAGAGUUUACUUCAAAAAGACAACGAUGUCAGUUGUCUUGAUUCAAAACACCACAUCAGAUAUGAAAUGAUUUUCCUCCAGUAGUGCAUUAACAGCUACUUAAAGAAACAAAUGUCUCUUUAUUUUCUGAGCCGUCCAAUGUAGGCUCCUCAGCACCAUCUAAUCAUUGAAAAGGAAAUGCUAAAUUUAUAAUAAAACAUGGCAAAUCUCUUCUGCUUUCUCUUUUUUCAACUCUUUAAAAUUAAGCCAUCUAUAAUGUAUCUAUAAUGUAUUUUGUUCAUCUGGGUUUUCUGUUGUUUCUUUUUGUUUUCUUGGUGCUAGAGAAUGAACCCAGGGCUUUGAACAUGUAAAUAUUCCUCUAGACUCUGUCCUCAGUCUUACUGCAGUUUAAUAUAUUCCGAGUGUUUUAUUAUUCUUCUCUGUGAGAGAAUAAAUACUGUCUUAUUAAUUCA